AUGUCUUCUGGCGCUAAAGUUACUCGAGCAUCUGAUACUGAAGAUAUCUUUUCUACAUAUAAAACUCUCGCUUCGAAUUCGACCCUUAAUCCAAAUCCAGCUUCACCUCUGCCCUGCCGCAUUACCUCUCAAAUUUCCUCUUCUGAUGCUACCCUAGCUGUGGCUGCUAGUACUGUAGGAGCUCAAUUGUCUCGCUUUAUGCUGGUUGAAUAUGCUAACUCGGGUCUGUGCCAGCUGCGUACUCCUUUUGGCGAAGACCGGCCUCACACUAUGGUUAGCUCUCCUACAUCUACAGAUUCUAGGCCAGAAACUCCCGAAGGCCUGGAUAUAUGGCGUUCGAGCUAUUUCAUCACUCCACAGAUAUGCGCCUCUCCCUUGUCCUUAGAUGAUGGACAUUUUCCUAAUGCAAUCCUUGCCUCCAAUAAUCUGUCUAUAUCUGAGCCAAACUCCUCGGCUCCAGUCAAUACGUCUUCUCCAGAUUCUCAUAUACUUUUGGAGACAAAUCCAACUAUUCCUGGGAGACAACGAGAAUCCUCUUCCUCCAAUGCUGUCCUCGUCCUCAUGGACAGAAUUCCUUCUUCUUCAUACUUAAUUUCAGGGUCUCAGGCAUCCUCCUUACCCAAUGGAUGUCUAGUCAAUUCUACUUUUGAUACACAACCUCGACCUGAUAAUUCCAGGGGUACCUCUUCACAAUUAUCAAUUGUCGCUGAUUCCAUC